AUGGUUAUAAAAGACGGAUAUCACAUGAUGAUAACCUUUGGUAACGAUUUUCAGAAACCAGUUGAAAUUACUAGUAAAUCUAAAAAUCGAAAUAAAUACAUAUUUUUCAAAAUAGUAGUGUGGUACAAUGUCGAUUAUAACACUUUUGUGAUAAACAAAAAUUCAAAAUUCAUAUUUAAAGAUGUUACAUUCACUAAGAAUGACAGACUAAAAUAUGGAUCAACAAUUCCAAAAGAAGUUGCAUCACUUGGAGUUGAUACUUUUCGGUCAUUAAAUUCCAUCGACUUAAUAAUUCUUCCCAAAAACGUCACACAAAUACAUGAAAGGUGUUUCGAAGGUUGUUCAACACUAACUUCUCUCCAAAUCACAACAAAUCUGAUGAAAAUAGAACCUGGAGCAUUUUCAAUGUGUCGAACUCUGAGAAGAGUAUUUUUACCAUUUCAAACACGUUAUCAUUCUACAGCACAAUCUGAUAUUAUAAAUGUAAACAUUAAUAAUUAUAAUCAACCAAAGAGUUACUUGGGUGGGUGUUGUUUCAAUUGUUGUGAAUCACUUGUAGAAGUUGAGCUUCCUGAUUUCUAUGAGUUUUAUGUAGUGAUUGCUUCUCAAAAUGCUCGAGUCUUCAAACUAUUAAAAUAUCGGAGAGUGUCACACAUCUCAAUGAUUAUUGUUUUAAUCAAUGCAUUUCAUUUAGUAUAA